AUUAAUGCGGAUCGCAAAACUGAGUGACGAGUCAAUAGUAAGUCAAUAACCACGCGGAAGCCCACCAAGAGAGAACACACACAAGUUCAACCAUGACUCGAGUAACGAACAUUACUUUUGCUUUUCUGUACGUUUUGUGCUUUACCGCACAAAGUUUUGCCAUAUAUUUUGAGGAUUGCGGUUCGUCACUAGGUAAAUUCACGGAAGUAUCGGUGUCAAAGUGUCGAGAUUCAGAUCCGAAAUGUUUUUUGAUACGUGGUACCAACGCGUCUAUAUCCAUCAAGUUUGUACCAAACCAAGACAUUUCGAACGUCAAAGUACGUGUAACUGGCAUAGUAUUCGACGUUCCGGUACCUUUUCCAUUGGAUCCUAAAAAAACUGAUGCGUGCAAGGAUCCUGACAGCAAUAUCGACUGUCCCUUGCGCAAAAACCAAGAAUAUCGUUACACUACUACUAUGUUUGUGCACAAAAACUUUCCAUCGGUGGCCGUGGACAUUAAAUGGGAGUUUCUGAACGAGAACAAUAAGAACAUCGUAUGCAUAAAGUUUCCAGCUAGAAUUAAACUGUCAGAAAGAUUUGUAAGACACUAUUUUGGAAAAUGUUAUAACAAUAAGCAUAACGUGGAUGCAAGGAAGAUAUUUUCUCCAAUUUCUGUUCAGAGGACUUAGAUGAAAAAUGUUAUAUUCAAAAAGACGCGUGUAUACCAAAGACUUUAAAUAAAAUUGUUUAUUAAUAUUUUCA